CCUUGCGCACCCACCACACGAACGCCGGUCUGUCUCGCGUGUUGCCAGCCCACCGGUCAGUGUGACACGUCGCCGUGCCCUUUUCCCACCGUUGCAUCCAAGUGCAUCCCGCUCCUGAACUGCCGGUGCCCGAGCAUCCGGUCCUUUGGAAAACAAUCGAGCCACCAGGCCCGGCUCUCGAAACCCACGACGGGACGUCAUCGGCCAUGACGUGGUUUCGCUAAUAAUCUGCUAGUAAAAAUAACUCCACCACGGACGGAUUCGGUUGCGCGCGGCAGGACGUGAAGCGGGACCGUGCGGAAGAAAAUAAUUCUAAGCUGGCCAGCUGCACCAUCGCAACCCAUUCGCUUCCCAGCGCACCGCAAGGACACCGCCACCGACACCCGUACCCGGAAGCGGGAAGUUCACCACAGGAAGUGGGCAGCCACACGGCGCACGGUUCUAUGUGCUGGCCACGGUAGCACAGCUGGCUGUCAGGGCGUCCAUCGGGCCAGUAUGUCGGUGCUGGUGUUCCUGAUCGCGGCCGCACACUGUGUGUACACGCCGUUCACGAAGGUGGAAGAGAGCUUCAAUCUGCAGGCAAUUCACGAUCUGCUGUAUCACCGGGCUAACCUAACCGAGUAUGACCACCACGAGUUUCCGGGUGUGGUGCCACGCACCUUUCUGGCACCGCUAUUCAUCACGUUUCUCGUGUCACCCUUCGCGACGCUUCUCGAGGCGUUUGAGGUUAACAAAUUCUGGAUGCAAUACGUGGUACGCUUUGCGCUCGCCGGAACGGUCGUGUUCGCGUGGAGCCGUCUUAAGCUGACCAUCAUGCACCGGUUCGGCGUAACGGUGAGCGUCUGGUACGUCCUGAUCACCGCGACACAGUUCCAUUUCAUGUUCUACAUGAGCCGUCCACUCCCAAACAUCAUGGCCCUGCCACUGGUGCUCCUUGCCAUCGAUUACUGGCUGAAUCGGUGCGUCCGCCGGUUCAUCGUCUGUUCCGGUGCAGCCAUUAUCAUCUUCCGCGCGGAACUAGCCAUGCUGCUCGGGCUGUACCUGCUGUACGAUCUGUACUACCAGCGUAUCUCGGUGCAACUGUUCCUGCGCACGGCCAUCCCGGCCGGUGUGGCGCUUAUCGCUCUCACCGUCAUCGUGGACAGCUUCUUCUGGCGCCGGCUGCUCUGGCCGGAAGCGGAAGUGUUCUGGUUCAACACGGUGCAGAACAAAAGCUCCGAAUGGGGCACAUCCCCAUUUCUCUGGUACGUCUACUCAGCGUUACCCCGAGCGAUGGGUCUCUCGAUCGUAUUCGUUCCACUGGGGUUGUACCUCGAGACACGCAUCCGCUCACUCGUGGUGCCUGCGGUCGUUUUCGUGCUGCUUUUCUCGCUGCUGCCCCACAAAGAGCUACGCUUCAUAAUCUACGUGUUUCCGCUGUUUAACGUGGCCGCGGCUUGUGCGUGCAAUCGACUAUGGCUAAACCGACAGAAGACGCUCUGGAACAAGUUUCUCUCGUUUGUGUGCAUCGGGCACCUGGUCGGUAACACUCUGCUGACGAUGUUCCUGCUGCUGGUGGCCGGGACGAACUACCCAGGUGGGGUUGCCAUUUCUAGAUUCCACAGGCUCGCGGCCGGUGAAACGAACGUAUCCGUCCACAUCGACAACCUGUCGGCUCAGAGCGGUGUUUCGCGAUUCGCACAGAUCAAUCCAGACUGGACUUAUAGCAAGCUGGAGAGUCUACAAGCCGACGAUGAAACGCUGCAUCGGUUCGAUUACUUGCUGACGGAAGCGCAGGAUAAAUACAGCGACAAAAUGCGAUUGCUUGGGCAAACGCACGAAAUAAUCGAGUUUGUGGAGUGCUUUAACAGCAUCGGGUUACAGUACCGGUCGGUGUUGCCGGUGAAGAUUAAGACAAAACCGUGCAUCUUCAUCAUGCGCCGACGGUACGAGCUUCCAGGUUCUCCGAGUCCGCUUUCUUCGAUGUUCGAGCUAUUGGAGGGCAGCGGCGAGGACAUUCUCCAUGACGAUGUGGAGGAAAAUGUGCCCGAUUUCCACCACGAUCAGAUGGUGGAUGAAGAAACGAAUGACGAAGACACUCCGGACGUGUCUCACGAGCAAGAGGAACCGGAUGUUGUGGUGGAAGAACACCAACCAAGCCGGAAGCGAAGCUCAUCUCCUCGCCAAACGCAUCGAAUAGGGCGAAAGGAUGGCACAAACGUACGUUCAGAGAGCGCCAAAGGAUUCACACGAAAGGUGCGUUCCGCUCAGCGACAAUUAGACGACGAGAGCGCCACAUCCGGUAGCGAAACGAAGGACAACGGCCGGAAGGUGAUGCCUUACCUACAAGCCGCUCGAACCUCGAACACGCUAAAAGCCGCCCAGCGGUUAAUUAAGGAGGAAAAAAUGCGCCAAAUGGCCAGCCGACUCACGCAGGCCAGCUUCAGUGAGGUGUGCAAUCUCGACCGGAUGUCCAUGAAGGAGUGCCUUAAAAAGCUCAUCGACGAUGGGACACUGGAACUGGACGAACCGGACGAAACCGCUGAUUAGCGGGUUAAUACGCGCGCGUGUGUGUGUGUACCGCGCAUGUACGUGUGUGUGUGUGAUUUCUUUAAUUGGUGCGAAACGCGAGUUCGAACGA